UCCGGGGAAUUCGCUGCCUGCCCGCUCAGAGCCGGUGCGCUUGACUGACGGAGGGCCAGUGUGGGCUGGGAUGUGACCCGCCAGAGAAAAUGGCGGCGGCAGGAGGACCAGCGGCGGCGGCUGGGGAUCACAUCGCCUCUUCGGUGGGAUUAUCUUGUGGGAACGAAGCCGCCGCCGCCGCCGGAGUUGCCGCCUCCGUAGCAGCGCCCGCCACUGGCGUUCCGAGCCCGAAGCCUUUGCGGUACAGCAGCGGCGCUGCACCGGUGCUCGUCGCGGGGCUCCCCACCAGAGACAGCGGCGGCGGCGGCAACCAGAGGGAGUCGCGCUCAGACUGGAAGCGGAAGCAGCUGCGCAAAGUGCGGAGCGUGGAGCUGGACCGGCUGCCGGAGCCCGCCGAGUGCCCGGAGCUGCCCCUUUGCUUCACUAGAACCGCCGGGGGCGCCACGUCCUCCUCCACCCCCCAGCCUGUGGCCCCGGCGCCGCGCUCCACCCCCGGCAGUCCCGCGUCCUCCCCCAGCCGCGGCGGCGUCUUCAUCGCCGGCUCCUACGACCCGCAGCAGCCGGACGUCGGGAGCCAAGCGGCGGGAGCUGGCGUCGCCCAGAGGAUCUCGGAGUUCCUGCCGCCGCCGCCGCCACCCCCCACUUCAGCCGGAGCUGGCUGUAGUCGUGACAUGGAGAAUAAAGAAACCCUCAGGGGAUUGCAGAAAAUGGAUGAUCGCCCAGAGGAGCGAAUGAUCAGGGAAAAACUCAAGACAACAUGUAUGCCUGCUUGGAAGCAUGAAUGGCUAGAAAGAAGAAGUAGGAGAGGCCCUGUGGUGGUAAAACCAAUACCAAUGAAAGGAGAUGGCUGUGAAGCAAACAAAUCAGUAGCAGAACCGCCUCCUGGUGGACAAACAAAUCCCACUUCACCUACUCAGAAAGGGAGACGGAGCCCUUCUCCUAGCGGACCCUUCUCAUCGUCCUCCAGGACUGUUAAAUCUGAGUCACCUGGUGUUAGAAGGAAGAGGGUAUCUCCUGUACCUUUUCAGAGUGGACGUAUAACACCCCCACGAAGAGCACCUUCUCCAGAUGGCUUCUCACCAUAUAGUCCUGAGGAAACAAAUCGUCGUGUCAACAAAGUCAUGAGAGCUAGAUUGUAUCUCUUGCAACAGAUAGGACCUAAUUCUUUCUUGAUAGGGGGAGACAGCCCAGAUAAUAAAUACAGAGUGUUCAUUGGUCCUCAGACAUGUAGCUGUGGACGUGGAACAUUUUGCAUUCAUCUACUGUUCGUUAUGCUUCGAGUGUUUCAACUUGAAUCUUCAGAUCCAAUGCUGUGGCGAAAAACCUUGAAGAACUUUGAGGUUGAGAGUUUGUUCCAGAAAUACCACAGUAGGCGUAGUUCAAGGAUCAAAGCGCCAUCUCGUAACACCAUUCAGAAGUUUGUCUCACGCAUGUCAAACUCUCAUACACUGUCAUCUUCUAGUACAUCUACAUCUAGUUCAGAAAAUAGUAUCAAGGAUGAAGAGGAACAGAUGUGCCCCAUUUGUUUGCUAGGCAUGUUGGAUGAGGAAAGCUUAACCGUCUGUGAAGAAGGCUGCAGAAAUAAACUUCACCAUCACUGCAUGUCAAUAUGGGCAGAGGAAUGUAGAAGAAACAAGGAGCCCCUUAUAUGCCCUCUUUGUAGAUCUAAGUGGAGAACACAGGAUUUCUAUAGUCAUGAAUUGCCAAGCCCUGUUGAUUCUCCUUCGAUUGUUUGUGUGGUCCAGCAACAAACUCAGCAACCUGUAACUGGUUCACCAAGGAGGAAUCAAGAUAGCAAUUUUAACCUUACUCAUUAUGGGGUUCAGCAAAUUCCUUCUGCGUACAAGGAUUUAGCUGAGCCAUGGAUUCAGGUAUUUGGAAUGGAAUUAGUAGGUUGCCUGUUUUCUCGAAACUGGAAUAUACGUGAGAUGGCCCUUCGACGUCUCUCCCAUGAUGUUAGUGGUGCUCUAUUAUUGGCUAAUGGUGAAAGCACUGGAAAUUCUGGAAGCAGCAGUGGAAACACCACAAGUCCUGGAACUCUAGGGGCAGCUAAUGGGUCAUCCCAGACAAAUAUCUCAGGAGAUGUUGUUGUAGAAUCCUGCUGCAGUGUACUUUCUAUGGUUUGUGCUGACCCUGUCUACAAAGUGUAUGUUGCUGCUUUAAAAACAUUAAGAGCCAUGCUGGUAUAUACUCCCUGCCAUAGCCUAACAGAGAGGAGCAAACUGCAGCAGCUUUUAAAACCAGUUGUGGAAACCAUAUUGGUGAAAUGUGCAGAUCCCAACAGCCGCACAAGUCAACUUUCAGUUUCAACGUUGAUGGAGAUGUGUAAAGGUCAAGCGGGAGAGUUGGCAAUUGGUCGAGAAAUACUUAAAUCUGGGUCCAUUGGCAUUGGGGGCAUUGAUUUUGUCUUAAAUUGCAUCCUUGGGACACAAUCUGAACCAAACAACUGGCAAGCAUUACUUGGACGUCUUUGUCUUAUAGAUCGAUUGCUGUUAGAAUUUCCUGGUGAAUUUUAUCCCCACAUUGUUAGUGGAGAUAUUUUACAAGCUGAUGCUAUCAUUGACAGGUAUGAAAAGCUGUUAUCUCUACUGAGCUUUGCGCUCCAGUCAAUUGACAACUCCCAUUCGAUGGUGGGCAAAUUGUCCCGGAGAAUAUUUUUAAGUGCUGCCAGAAUGGUUGCAAGAGUACCCCAAGUAUUUGUAAAGCUGUUAGAAAUGUUGAGCAUGACAAGCUCAAUACAUCAUACAAGAAUGCGUCGGCGAUUGAUGGCUAUAGCAGACGAAAUGGAAAUUGCAGAAGCCAUCCAGUUAGGCAUGGAGCAGAUGCAUUCUGGAGAAUGCAGGCAUGAAUUUGCACAGCCUCCAGUUCCUGAUAACUCUCCAGAGACGACGGAGAAUUGUACUCCAAGUAACACAAUUCAGUUAACAGGUAAAAGUGGGAAAGGACUAGAUAACAAAAAGCGAACUGCUAUGCCGGAGGAGUUUUCUGACAUGGUGGCUGGUAUUUCAUUGGGACUUCCUAUUACGGCAGGAACAACGGAACAACCAAAGCCAGCCAUUCACACAAAAAGCAGAUCCCCUGGUCAAUGCUUGAACUCUUCUCUCUCACCCUGUCAUUCUCAAACCAUAUUCCCCAUUUUGCCUUCCCCCUCUACCCCAUCUGCCCCUGCAGGAACUGAUAUUCCUAAACUCAGAUCUCAGGGAUUUGUUCCCUGUAAAAUACCUUCAGCUUCUCCUCAAAUGCAGCGGAAGCUCUCUCUCCCGAUUCAAAGAAACUGUGCUGAACAAAAAGAAUUGGAAAAGCUUUCCCCUGUUUUUACCCAGGCCAGGCCUCUGCCAUUCAGUCAUAUACACAGGCCAAAGCCAUCUCGACCUAAACCAUGUGAUAUGAAUAAACAGGGAGAAACCUCCCAAAAAAGCAUGUCGCUCAAUUUAAAUGACAUAUCACAGUGUGAUAAUAGUAUUAGUACAGCUAUACCAAGUGAAGAGACUGUUUUCACCCCAGUGGAAGAAAAACAUAGCCAGCUGGAUAUAAAUGCAGAACUCAGUUCUAGUAUGGAAGACUUACUUGAAGCUCCAGCCAAUGACGGAACUGUCACAUUCAAGUCUGAAGUGGCUGUCUUGUCUCCUGAGCGUGCAGAAAAUGAUAACACAUAUAAAGACGAUGUGAAUCAUAAUCAGAAAUGCAAGGAAAAGAUGGAAGCUGAAGAAGAGGAAGCUUUAGCUAUUGCCAUGGCCAUGUCAGCAUCUCAGGAUGCUCUCCCAAUAGUUCCUCAGCUUCAAGUUGAAAAUGGUGAAGAUAUCAUAAUUAUUCAACAGGAUACACCAGAAACCCUGCCUGGGCAUACCAAAGCAAAGCACCAUUAUAGGGAAGACAAUGAAUGGCUUAAAGGUCAACAGAUAGGCCUUGGAGCUUUUUCUUCUUGCUAUCAAGCUCAGGAUGUUGGCACUGGGACGUUAAUGGCAGUGAAACAGGUAACAUAUGUCAGGAAUACAUCAUCUGAGCAGGAAGAAGUGGUGGAAGCCCUAAGAGAAGAGAUAAGAAUGAUGGGCCAUUUGAAUCACCCCAAUAUCAUUCGAAUGUUGGGUGCUACAUGUGAGAAAAGCAACUACAACCUAUUUAUAGAAUGGAUGGCAGGAGGAUCUGUUGCUCAUUUGUUAGGUAAAUAUGGAGCCUUUAAAGAGCCUGUAGUUGCCAACUACACAGAACAGUUGCUUCGUGGCCUGGCUUACCUUCAUGAAAAUCAGAUCAUUCACAGAGAUGUCAAAGGUGCCAACUUGUUAAUUGAUAGCACAGGUCAUAGGCUAAGAAUUGCUGAUUUUGGAGCUGCAGCUAGAUUGGCAUCAAAGGGAACUGGUGCUGGAGAAUUUCAAGGACAGUUAUUGGGGACUAUUGCAUUUAUGGCACCAGAGGUGUUGAGAGGCCAACAGUAUGGCAGGAGCUGUGAUGUGUGGAGUGUUGGCUGUGCUAUUAUAGAAAUGGCUUGCGCUAAGCCCCCCUGGAACGCAGAGAAACAUUCCAAUCAUCUUGCUUUGAUAUUUAAGAUUGCUAGUGCAACUACAGCUCCAACAAUCCCACUGCAUUUGACUCCAGGCUUAAGGGAUGUGGCACUUCGAUGUUUGGAGCUCCAACCUCAGGACAGACCCCCAGCAAGGGAGUUGUUAAAACACCCAGUCUUUCGCACUAUGUGGUAGUUGUAGAAACCUGGGGGUACACUGAACUUGAUGCUACUGAAACUAUAAAGUGCUGGUCUUCCUGUGCAGGUUAGCAUGGCAAUGUGUAUUAAUUGCUCUGCCAGCCUUAAUUAUAUGUUUUGAGGACUUGAGGACAGUAGAGGACCUAUAUGUAUGUGACUGACAAAUCAAGAUCUUGACAUAAGUUCAAUAUGUAACAUUUCACAAAUUGUGCAGAAAUAUGUAAACUGUGCCUUUCUCAAAGAUGUUUCUGUUCAUGAACAGAGAAGCAAUUCUUCUUUUAGAUCUGCAUGAUUAUUUAGUGGAAAACGUGAUUUUUUUUAAAAAAAAACCUAUUUCUUCAGAGAUAUUAGCAGUUGAGUGGCUAAAGAGCCAUUUAAAAAUGCAUCACUAUUUUUUUUUUCAGUACAUGCAAAUUUCAACAAUCCAUUUUCAAGAAAGUUCAUGUCUACAUUAUGGUGAAGCUUGUUCUUUAUGUGGAAAAGGAAAAUUUGGAUAGUUUUAAAAUCACCUUUGCCUGCUUUAGAGUCACUAAGUAUGGCAGAUGUCAUUCAUUUACUUACUAUUAGUCCUGUAACUGUCCUUUGGAAGUUACCACUGUGUAGUUUCAUUUUAUAUUUUCUUCACAUUCAGGGAAAAAUGUUUUUAAAAGAAACCCAAAUAGCUAGAAUUAAGUUCAAGCUAAAUAUUGCUGGACAGCUUACUGUAAAAGAAUAUGGUUAAAAUUGGUUUGAAACCUGCAAUAAAAUGCUGCCCUUGAGUCAGUGUUUUUAACAAGAUGUGUUAUUGGGGUAGGAGUGCACAAGUUUUUUUGAAUAACAGAACUUCAUAGCCAAGGACCAAGUGAAUGUUCUGUUUUGAAGCCCUUUUUAAUAUCACAGCUCAUGGUAAAAUUGUGGUAGAAAGGAGUAUUGUGUCAUACUGCCUUCUGAUACCCAACUUCUAUUCUAUUUAAAGCUGAAGCUUUAAAUUCAGCCUUACUCUUAGCAUUGCAUUAUGUUUGCUGUUUUUCCUGCUGUUUUCCUUAUGCCAUUUGUCAUCUUUUUACUGGGGCUGUGUUCUGAUUUGGCGUGAACCCAUUCAGAUAAGGAGAAAUACAUCAUGGGCACUUACUUGUAAAGAGCCAAACCUGAAACCCCCAAGAGCAGUUUCUACAAACUGUGACUUUAUCCUCAGAAUAAUAGCCUUUCCCGAAAAUAGAAUCCUAUUUUGAUUAAAACAAAAAACAGGACAAGACACUCUUGCUUAUUUAGGUGUCUUCUCUUAAUAACAAAUGGAGAGGUUCCAAAAAUGGGAAUGAGUCAGUGGGCAUGACAUCAUAGCAAUACAGGACAGACGAGACAACUUGUCUCAUAACAAGCUGACCUUGUGGCCUUGAAGCAUGAUCCUUGCACAGCCCCAUCAUUUACAGUUUGGAUUAUGGCAGGGUGGAAAUAUGAAAAAUAAAUACAUAAUAGUUGAUAAUUAAGUUAUUGGGAACUAUUUUUUAAAAUGGAAAAGAGCCAUUGAAAAACUUACUCAAUGAAAUUAAACAGCCUUGAAGAAAUAUUUUUGCAUGAAGGAUGCAGAACAUCUUUUUAACAAAUGUGUCAUUGAUUAUUUCAAUGGCAGGUUUUUAAAUUCUGAUGAAUGGAAUAUUGAAGGAAAAUGGCAGCUCUUCUUUUACUUUCUGACAAUUUUUUUGAAGUAAAGUUUUGACUGUGUUUAAUCAACUUUUGUUAAAAUAACUGUUCCAAUUUUAACUCUUCAGAAGCCAGUUGAAAUAUUGAUCAGAAAUUAUGAUCAAAUUAUGCUCAAAGGCUCAGGACAAACUUGAUAAGCUAUAAUACUGUACAAUUUAGGCAAUGUACAAUUUUUAAAAAUUGGAAACAAAGUUAAUAGAGGUUUACACAAUGACCAUGCUAAAGUUAAUCAAGAGCAAUGUCAUUAAUGGUGGAUGUGUAUUUCUUCUUGAAAUGUUACAUUCCUUUGCUUUUUUUAUUAUUGGGAGACUUUGAAGAGUUAAAAAAAUCUAAAUGUGAAGUUUUGUAGCUUUGUUUGUAUUUGACUUGUUUCUUGACAGUUUAGAAUUUGUCUUUAUUCCAAUCAUAUUUGUUUUUAAGUCUCUUCUGUGCAAGCUUUAAAGGAUGCAUUCUUGCCAACUCAUGUACUGGAAGAUCGCUUGUCAGAUAAAUACCACUUUGGACUUAAAUGUCAAUUAUAUAAACUGACAAACCUCAGCUAAUCAGUAUUAUCCUUGUAGAUCACCAUGUCUUUCACAUAUCAAACUUGGACCACCUCUGGGUGUCUAAAAGCAUUCUUCGAGUUUGUUUGCAUUUUCUUCCGCUUGCUGGUAAUUGUGUUUUUAAAUGCAGAUGUGAUGUAAUCUUAUUUUCUUUGGAUCAAAGCUGGACUGAAAAUUGUAUUAUGUAAUUAUUUUUGUGCUCUUAAUGUUAUUUGGUACCUAAGUUGUAAAUAAUGUCUACUGCUGUUUAUUCCAGUUUCUACUACCUCAGGUAUCCUAUAGAUUUUCUUCUACCAAAGUUCACUUUCACAUUGAAAUUAUAUUUGCUAUGUGACUGAUUCCUAAGAGUUCCAGGGCUUAAGGGCACCUUAUUGUGCAAGUAAAUUUUAAAGAUCUCUGGGUUAAGAAAAUUUGGCUUCAUUAUAUUCUUUGUUAUUUUAAAUAUAUCAAGAUAUUUUAAUUAAAAGUUUUUACCCCUUUGAACAAUUUUAUAGUAUAAUUUGUACCUAUUUUGGUGGUUUUGUCUUUAUAGUAAAUAAAAGAUUUUGGAC